GCUCUUCUCUGCGGAAUGCGCUUUAAACGAAGAAAUGCUCGGUACCAGGUACGGUGUAGAGGUAAAAUUUGGACUGCAUGAAUCAUCCUACACGUGAAACAAAACUAUUUGCUGCAAUCUUUCUGAUAUAGAAUUGUCAUCCAGACUUAUCAUGACAGAAAUGAAUCUUAUCAUCUCUGCUCCAGGAAAAGUUAUACUUCAUGGGGAACAUGCUGUUGUAUAUGGAAAGUCUGCUAUAGCGGCAAGUCUAAAUCUACGUAGCUAUGUACAGCUGGUGAAGACAGGUGAUGGGAGAGUCGGUGUUGAUCUUCCAGCUGUAGGUCUACGUCAUUCAUGGAAUGUUGAUGAUAUACUGAAGAUAAUUAAACAAAACAAUGUUGACAUACAGAAUCCACACAAACACCAGGAAGAUCUUGUGAAUUGUAUAAAAGAGACACUGUGUACAGAUUUAAUGGACACACAGUUACAAGCAUCAGUAGCAUUUCUUUACCUCUACAUCAGCAUCUGUAGUUCUGGCAGCUGUCCACCAUCCAUAAAUGUGAAAAUAACAUCAAAGUUACCAGUAGGUGCAGGACUGGGAUCUUCAGCUAGUUUUUCAGUGUGUCUUGUAGCAGCAUUACUGUUAGUUCAAGGUCAUGUCUCUUUUCCAGCACAGGAUGAAAAGGGAGAUACACAGUGGAAAGAUGAAGACUUAGAGCUUAUAAAUAAAUGGGCAUAUGAAGGGGAGAGAAUUAUGCAUGGAACACCAUCUGGGAUAGAUAACUCUGUAGCAACAUUUGGUGGUGCGAUUAAAUUUCAAGCUGGGAAGAUUACUAAACUUAACAAUUUUCCAAGACUGAAAAUUCUGCUGUCAAGUACAAAUGUUCCCAGAAGUACAAAAGUUUUAGUGGGUAAUGUUCGGGAAAGAUAUAACAGGGUACCAGAUGUAAUGCAGCAUGUUAUGGAUGCUACAGAAGCUGUCACACAUCAAUGUGAGAAAAUACUAGAAACCAUGGCAACAGAAUCUCAACAUGAAAUUACCAGUCUAUACACCAAUUUGGAGGAAUUGAUCGACAUUAACCAGCACCUUCUACAAGCAAUGGGUGUAAGUCAUGUGACUUUAGAUAAAAUAUGUCAUGUGACAUCUAAAUAUAGACUGCAUUCCAAGUUAACAGGAGCAGGUGGUGGGGGUUGUGCAUUUACUCUUCUUAGACCAGAACAAGAACAGAGCCUGGUAGAUGAUGUGAUAAAGGAAUUAGAAAUGGAAGGAUUUAAUUGUUUUAUAACAGAUGUGGGAAGUUUUGGAGUGAUGGUACAUGACAGUUUACCAGAAAGUGUUUCCUAGAUAACAAUAUAGUUCUAAACCAGGAAUUGUGAAUAUACCCUUGUGGGGCCCACAUUUUGAGGCCCACUUGGCAGAUAAGGAAACCAAAUGUGUCAGCCUCGUUAUAUUAAGUCGUUACUUACUUACUUACUUUCAUAGUUACAUACUAACCAUAAUAUGUGGUAAUCUUAUAAGGUUUUCACAUUAGCUAAAACCUUGUACAUUUGUUUACCAACUGUGGGUUGAACAUGAUUAGAAAAUGACACACAAGUAUACUUGAAAAUUAGUAAGAAAUUACAUGACAGGAAGUAACUUGAAACUGCUACAUAUACAUGUAUAUAGAAUUUUACUUCAAUGAUGAUUAUUCUAAAUCAAAAUACAUAUACUUCAUUUAUUUCCGAGAAAUAAGUAAUAAUGAAUAUGAUUAUAAAGCUGUUUGUAAGUCAAGCUGUACUUUUACAGUUAAAACACGGAUUUAUAUUACAAUAAUUUUGUAAUAUUGUAAUAUAAAUCCGUGACUGAAUACAUAAAAUAAAAUGAAAAACAUGUCUGUCACCAAA